AUGAGGCUGGCCUCGGCAGCGGCGGCGGGACCCGGGCCGGCCAUGGCGGUGUGGACACGGGCCACCAAAGCGGGGCUGGUGGAGCUGCUGCUGCGGGAGCGCUGGGUGCGGGUAGUGGCUGAGCUGAGCGGCGAGAGCUUGAGCUUGACUGGGGACGCGGCGGCAGAGGCGGACCCCCCGCUCGGGCCGGCGCUGGCCGCCUUCAACGGCCUCCCCAACGGCGGCGGCGGCGGCGGGGACUCCCUGCCCGGCAGCCCAAGCCGCGGCCUGGGCCCGCCCAGCCCCCCAAGCCGCGGCCUGGGCCCGCCCAGCCCGCCCGGGGCUGCCGCAGGCGGCUCCCCGCCCGUGCGGCGCGUGCGGGUCGUGAAGCAGGAGGCGGGUGGCCUGGGCAUCAGCAUCAAGGGCGGCCGCGAGAACCGGAUGCCCAUCCUCAUCUCUAAGAUCUUCCCAGGGCUGGCGGCCGACCAGAGCCGGGCUCUGCGGCUGGGCGACGCCAUCCUGUCGGUGAACGGCACCGACCUGCGCCAGGCCACCCACGACCAGGCCGUGCAGGCGCUGAAGCGAGCCGGCAAGGAGGUGCUGCUGGAGGUCAAGUUCAUCCGGGAAGUGACACCAUAUAUCAAGAAGCCAUCACUGGUAUCUGAUCUGCCCUGGGAAGGAGCUGCCCCCCAGUCACCAAGCUUUAGUGGCAGUGAGGAUUCGGGCUCUCCCAAACACCAACACGGCACCAAGGACAGGAAGGUCAUCCCUCUCAAAAUGUGUUUUGCUACCCGAAACUUGAGUAUGCCUGAUCUGGAGAACAGAUUGAUAGAACUCCAUUCUCCUGAUAGCAGAAAUACUUUGAUCCUACGAUGCAAGGAUACUGCAACUGCCCACUCCUGGUUCAUAGCUAUCCACACCAACAUCAUGGCGCUUCUCCCACAGGUGUUGGCUGAACUCAAUGCCAUGCUUGGUGCUACCUGUACAGCAGGAGGCAGCAAGGAGGUCAAACACAUUGCCUGGCUGGCAGAACAGGCAAAACUAGAUGGUGGAAGGCAGCAGUGGAGACCAGUCAUCAUGGCUGUAACUGAGAAGGAUUUACUGCUUUAUGACUAUAUGCCCUGGACAAGAGAUGCCUGGGCAUCACCUUGUCAUAGUUAUCCUCUCAUCGCUACCCGGUUGGUACACUCAGGCUCGGGAUGUAGGUCACCUUCCCUUGGAUCUGACCUUACCUUUGCUACCAGGACGGGCUCCCGCCAGGGCAUCGAGAUGCACAUGUUUCGGGUAGAGACCCAUCGGGACCUGUCGACGUGGACCCGGGUACUUGUCCAAGGAUGCCACACUGCUGCCGAAUUGGUCAAGGAGGUCUCUCUAGGUUGCAUAAUGAAUGGCCAAGAAGUGAGACUUACAGUGCAUUACGAGAACGGGUUCACGAUUUCCAGGGAAGGAGGAGGCCCCGGCAGUGUAUUAUAUCGAUAUCCCUUUGAAAAGUUAAAAAUGUCUGCUGAUGAUGGUAUCAGAAAUCUCUACUUGGAUUUCGGUGGUCCCGAGGGAGAACUGACCCUGGACCUGCACUCGUGCCCCAAGCCCAUCGUCUUCGUCCUGCACACCUUCUUGUCCGCCAAAGUGACACGCAUGGGCCUGCUGGUGUGAGCCGAGGCCCCCCGGGAGCAGCCCGAGGAGCACCCCCACCCCCAAGGAACAAACUAAGCACAAAAGAAAGCUGCUUCUCUCGCUCUCUCCUGCAGCAUCAGUGCCUUGACAAGGACCUGCAAUCACUGCUAACCCUAAACCACAUUCCCAGAAC